GGAUGAUUUAUGCUACGGAAACUGGAAUCAAGAGCAAUACUCUUAAAACAAAAUGAAAGGCCAUGGAGUCAUACUCUUUCCGAUGCCAUUUCAAGGCCAUAUAAAUCCCAUGUUUCAGCUUGCCAACAUCCUCCAUGCCAAGGGCUUUUCCAUUACCAUAAUCCAUACUCAGUUCAACUCUCCCAACCCCUCAAACUACCCUCAUUUCAGAUUCUAUUCUAUACCUGAUGGAUUAUCAGAAAAUCAUGCCGUGCCUUCAGAUCUUAAUCAUAUUGUAACCCUCCUAACAACCCUCAAUUCGAAUUGUGUAACAUCUUUUCGUGAUUGUUUGGCUAAGCUGCUAUCUGUCAACUUGGAGGAUCACAUUGCUUGCUUAAUAACUGAUGCUUUAUGGCACUUUACACAAGCGGUUGCUGAUGGCCUUAAGCUUCCAAGGAUUGUGUUAAGGACCAGCAAUGUCUCUUCUUUUCUUGUUUUCACGUACAUGCCAUUUCUGUGCGAAAAGGGUUACCUCUCAGCGCAAGACUCUCAAGCAGAAAACCAAGUCCCAGAGCUUCCACAACUCAAAUUCAAAGACAUUGUUAUGUUUGAAAGAGGUGAUCUGGGAAGAUUACGUCAAUUCAUUGCUAUUGUAGUUCAAGAAACCAAGGCCUCUUCAGGAAUUAUAUGGAACUCCUAUGAAGACCUUGAACAAGAACAUCUAACAAAAUGUUCCCUGUACUUUUCUAUCCCAGUUUUUCCAAUAGGUCCUUUCCACAAGUGCUUUCCUGCCUCUUCCAGUAGCUUAUUGCCUCAAGACCAGAGUUGCAUAUCAUGGUUAGACAAACAAGCACCUAACUCUGUGAUUUAUGUUAGCUUUGGAAGUGUAGCGGCUAUAAAUGAGACUGAAUUCUUGGAGAUAGCUUGGGGGCUGGCCAACAGCAAUCAACCCUUCUUGUGGGUGGUUCGACCAAGGUUAGUCCACGGCUCAGAGUGGCUUGAACUAUUGCCGAAUGGGUUCCUAGAAAUGGUAGGUGAAAGAGCCUACAUAGUGAAAUGGGCUCCCCAACAGGAAGUGCUAGCUCACCCUUCAACGGGAGGAUUUUGGACACACUGUGGUUGGAAUUCAACCCUGGAGAGUUUAUGUGAAGGGGUUCCUAUGAUUUGUCGGCCAUCUUUUGCUGGACCAGGAAGAAUAAUGCAAGUAUGUAAGCCAUGUUUCGGGGAGUUGGGGUUGCCAUCUGGAAUACAAGUAGGGAGAGGGGAGAUAGAGAGGGCAAUCAGGAGACUGAAUGGUGGGGAAGCAGAAGGACAGGAAAUGAGAAGCGAAUCAUGUGAUUGA